AUCGAUCUACAAGAAAGUAUAAACCAAAUAAACAGUCUAGAGCAUUUCGGUUUAUGUGAACGGCUGGAGGAGCUCUACAUCCGUCAGAACGAGAUCCAGGACCUGAAUCAGGUAGUCUAUCUGCAGAGUUUGCCGAAUUUGAAGAACCUGUGGCUCGGGGAGAAUCCAUGUGCAAGCACUGAAGGUUAUCGUUUUUCUGUUCUACGGGCGCUGCCGCAACUCCAGAAAUUAGACAAUUUGGCUGUGACUCCGGAGGAGUUGCGCGAAGCCCAGCGAAAAGGAAAGGCGCUCCAUCAUCCCGAUGAUCCGCAAGAGAGCGAACAGGAGGAGGACGUUUACGUUCCACAGAACCAAUACAGGUACCAGGAACAGUACCAGCAGGAACCGGAAUACAGUCCCCAAAGGAGUCCCUCCAGACAGGAAACUGAGUAUGAAAAUGACGAAGAAGAGUAUUAUAAUAACAUUAGAGAGGAUCCACCCGAGGACGAUCAUCUGCCGGAAUACUCACCACCAAGACAGAUGAGCCCACCCAGAAGACAGCAGGCCGAGGUUCCUGCAUCAAAGAGGAGCUACUCGCCCGAGCAAGAAUACUCGGAGCGCAGGAGAAGCAGCUACGAUCAGAUGUCCCCAAAGCAGUUGCCCCAGCAGUAUUACGACCGAUCUCCGGUGUAUACUAAUAGCGAGGAAAGCGCUCCACCGCAAGAAAAUAAUUACAGAGAAACUAGAAUGGUCACAAGCCAGUCUACUAACAACAUCAAGGAGUAUACGAACGGGGAGAGGUACUCUCAUGCUCCAAACUCUUAUCGUACAGAAGGCAGCGAGAUUUCCAGUCGACAGGAUGGACCAGUUCGCAGUUCCAGUCAACAUAACUGCAAUUUAGCACAUAGACCUCCGUUCUCAAGGAGACCAGUGACGAGGAACUCGAAUAUAUUAUCAGCAGUAUUAUGCUUGGUGAAGGAACUGGAUUAUCCCAGUUUGGAGGUUGUCGAAAUGGCGGUGCGGUGUCGAAUGGAUGAGCUGGACGAAUGACAAAAGUUGAACAAAUCCGCAGAUGGAGAGGAUUCCGCGGAUUAAAGGAGGCUCAUCGUCCAAAUAAGUUGAUGUCCUCAUCAAAACAGCAAGGAUAACCGAAAGAGCAUCUGGCAAAUAAAGAAAACUUUAGCUUUAGAGGAUGUAAAACAAUAAUUAGCUAAAACAAAACAAACCCACUCACAACAAUAAUAACAACAACAACAACAAAAAAACAAGGCAGAAUAACAAUUCACCGACUGAACGUUUUAUUCUUUGCGCGC